AUGAGAAGGCAACACGGUAUGUCCCUGGAUGACAGGAUUGUGUCAUACUUCCAGAUGGCCGGUUUAUACUAUCUUGCAAGGCUGAACGAGACUUGGUUUAGAUUGGAUGAGCCACUAGUGAGUGCAUUCAUGGAGAGAUGGCAUCUGGAGAUGCAUACUUUUCACAUGUCAUUCGGGGAGCGCACUAUCACGGUGCAGGAUGUAGCAUGCCAGUUAUGGCUCCCGAUCGACGGUCAGUAUGUCAGCGGAUACCUCAUGGAUUUUGAGCGACAUAUCGAAGGUGGUAGUCCAGCAUGGGCAUGGUUCAAGGAGCUAUUGGGUGUUUUACCUCUCGCAAACUGCAUUGACAAGUUCAGGGUGAAGUGCACUUGGAUGCAAGAGACAUUUAGUGAGCUUUCGUAG